AUGGAACCCCAAAUCAAUAUCCGCAAUGCGGCUCGUUCUCCCUUAACUAUUGUCACAAUCCUGGCAUACCUCACCAUGAUCCCAGGAGUAUCAGCAAUGAACUUUGUGUCUCGUGAAGAGUGGAAAGCACGCCCCCCGAAGGAGGAUUAUAAGCCUAUUACCUAUGCAAAGGGUGUUAAGAUACACUACCUGGGACCUAUGUUCAGCGGAAAACCCCAUUCUGAAUGCGAUGAUUUCAUGCGAUCCGUGCAAAAUGAACACAUGGACGAUUCACCGGAGGAUUACUUUGACAUUGCAUAUAACCUUGCCGUUUGUGAACAUGGUUACGUUUUCGACGGUCGAGGAAAAGGCCAUCGCAGUGGUGCCAAUGGUAAUGUCCCGCUGAACUCGAAUCACUAUGCUGUUCUGGGGUUCCUUGGGAAGUAUGGUGUCACGGAGCCUAGUGACGCGCAAAUUAUUGGGUUGCAAGAUUCGAUUGCCUAUCUUCGUCGGGCUGGGGCAGGCGACGAGAUCAAGGGCCAUAAAGAUGGUUACAAUACUGAAUGCCCCGGAGGGCCACUGUACAAAUUGGUUACUGAUGGUAGUCUCGACCCUGGAAAGCUUUGGGACGGGGGAUCUCACACAGUGAAGGAUGGCGAGGACUUGGACAGCAUCAGCACAAAAUACAAUGUGCCGAAGCAGUACAUCAUCGCCGUCAACGACCUUAAGUCGCCCUAUCAUUUGACCGUGAAUCAGACGAUUGAGGUCCCUGCUAGAGGGGUUCCACUCACCGAGGCUGCCAAGUGAUAAUUUCUCGACUUUUGUCUGUUCUCUGAAGUUCUGCCGGUUUAAGCCAAGACACAUGGACGAAAGCAGCAGUUUGGUUGACGCUACGACCUUUUUUCCCUGUUGCAAAUAUUUCAAGAUCUCCUGUGAUAUACAUAUCCAUGUAGCUAAU